UAAUCAUUCAUUAUUUGUAAAAGCAGGUGUGUCGUGCCUGACUCAUAAAACAAAAAAAAAAAAACACAGCAUCCGCGUGCUUACGGUUAGCCGCGCUCCUGCAGGCCGGCGAGAACAGCUUCGAACCGGUUUGCUCGCCGGCCACAAAGCGGUCACAAAACGAGAAAAAGAAGGAGGGAGGAGAAGGCGGAGGAGGCGCAGUGCGCUGAUGCUCGGCCUCCAGUUGACACCUCCUCUACGAGACGUCACCAAAAUAACGGCGAGGUGGUUUUGUUUUUUUUCCCCCCUACUACAAAAGCGCAGGUCGUUUUCCCAUCCAGGAGUCUCUCUCCAUCCUACAUGGAAAGUUGCCGCGGACGAGCGCGUAUCGCCACCGCGAGCAGCGGCUGCUGUUGAGGUAGCCACUUCCUCACCCAGCGGGCAGCAGCGACAUCGCCGACAUGGCUUCCAGAGCGCUGGACGGCGGCUGGGGAUGGGCGAUCGUGGUGGCCUCCUUCCUGGCCCAGCUGCUGGCUUACGGCUCCCCGCAGUCGGUGGGCGUCCUCUACCCGGAGUGGCUGCACGCCUUCCAGGAGGGCAAGGGCCUGACGGCCUGGGUGGGCUCCCUGGUGGCCGGAGUGGGCCUCAUUGCUAGUCCCGUGUGCAGCGCCUGCGUGGACAACUUUGGCGCUCGCCCCGUCACCAUCUUCAGCGGCGUCAUGGUGGCCGGCGGCCUGAUGCUCAGUGCCUUCGCUCCCAACGUCCAGUUCCUCAUCUUCUCCUACGGCAUUGUCGUCGGUCUGGGUUGCGGUCUGGUCUACGCAGCCACCUUGACAAUCACCUGUCAAUAUUUUGACAAGAGACGCGGCCUCGCCCUCGGCAUCGUCACCACAGGCACCAGCGUCGGAGCCUUCAUCUACGCCACGGCUCAGAACGAGCUGAUCGUGCUGUACGGCCUGGACGGCUGCCUCCUGAUCAUCGGCGCGCUGGCGCUCAACCUCAUGGCCUGCGCCGGCUUCAUGAGGCCCCUCGACAUGCCGGGCUACUACCUCAAACGGCGGGCGGCCCUGGAACGCAACACGGAGCGGCAGCUCCUGGAAAAGCCCCGGCCGGACGAGCUGAAGAUGGCGCCGGGUUCCGCAACGUCCCCUCAGGAGAAAAGCCUGAUGGGGAAGGAGCUCCUCAUCGCCAUCGACGGCAUGGACGCCGGCGAGAAGAAGCGGAGCAGCUUCCUGGCUCGGCUGGGCGUCAUGAAAGUCAUCAAGAAAAAGAGGCAGGCCUACUCCUCGUACAUGAGCUCCAUGUACGAGCUGCUGCAAAACCAAGCCAUGGUGGCCUUCUGCAUCGGCGUCUUCCUGUUCAGCCUGGGAGCGUUCCCUCCGGUGCUCUUAAUCGAGGACGUGGCACAGAGCCAGGGGCUCGUCGAAGAAGUCGCCGUCAUCCCGCUGGUCUCCAUCGGCGCCAUCGCCACUUGCGUGGGCAAGCUGGCGCUCGGUAUCCUGGUGGACAUCAGCUGGAUCAACAGCAUCUACCUGUACGCCUUCACCAUGUUCGCCGGGGGCGUCGCGCUCUUGCUCAUCCCCGUCGUUCAAACCUACUUGGGACUGCAGAUCCUCUCCGCCGUCCUGGGCUUCUUCUCGGGAAACUGGUCCAUCACGUCCUACGUGAUCACGAAGACCGUCGGCUUGGACAGGCUCACGCAAGCCCACGGGAUCGUCAUGUUCUUUGGCGGAUUUGGCAUCAUGCUGGGACCGCCCGUUGUCGGCUGGUUCUUUGACUGGACGCAGUCUUACGACCUGGCGUUCUACUUCAGCGGCGGCUGCGUGUUGCUGGGAGCGCUGGUUCUCUCCCUGCUCACGCUGCCUUGCCGCAGCAGGAAACCCUCGCCCGACGACAACCGGCCGGACGUCCAGUACACCGGCAACUGCGACAAGGUGGCCUCUGUAGCGUGAAGAUGAGCCACCCUCGUGGGGGGGCCCACCCUCCCGCAGCACUCAGCAACCGUUCCGUGUUACGAGCACGGUUUGCCCCUGGCAACCGCUGCCAGGUUUCCACUCGCCAAAAACCUUAGCCUGGGGGCGAAACACUGGCCUUUCCUCCCAAAAACCACGCCUGCAUUUCUCAGGUUCAUGCCAAACACACAUUGCACAUCAGCUGAAGGAACAACACCGCCGUAGGUGGCGGUCUCUUAUUUUAUAGCCUCAUUUUACGAGGCGGUCCAAAUCGAUGAUCUCGUCAAACGGCUCUGUGCAAAAAAAAAAAAAAAAAAAAACUUGAAAACGCACAAACAGAUCUUCAAGAAUUGAGACGACUGAGCUUCUUUCCUACUCUUAAACAGCAACAGGUUUUGUGUUUGUAUGUAUUGAAAUCCACCUCAUACGCGACAAAAGCAUCGCUGAUCGUUAAUGCCUGUCAAUGCGUACUGCCUGUGCGAACAAUGCACACGCCUUGCUUUGUCGGUUUUUUUUUUGUUGUCACUUUUCGAACCUGAAUACCACAACAUGAGCUACACUUGCACAAUCCAUUGAGGUCCAAUACAAGAGCUCUGCCAAAAAGAUAACGCUCAGUAUUGAUUGACACCGUCAGAGGCAUUAAUUUAACAAUGUUUAUUUUUCCUUGUUGUUGACCUUUUUU